AUGGAUAAAAAGAACCUAGUCUGUGAAAGAAACACAACAGUGCACAACAGAUCAGUCAACAACAUACAACAUUUGAACUUCGGUAUCGCUAUCAAUUAUAAAUUAAUACAGAAAGAAAGAAUGUCGGGCAGGGGAAGAUAUCGCGGCCACCGUAACCGCAGAGAGCCCACUUUGUCCUCUGUUGCACGCGAAAAUGCCCUCUCUUUACCUGCGGACAGCCCAGUUCUAUCUAUGUUUAAGUCUGCUGCAGUCCAGCUCAACAAACGACAAGACCGGCACGAGAGGCUGGUGAAACUCUCGCGGGACAUAACGAUUGAAAGCAAACGUAUAAUAUUCCUGUUACACUCUGCAAUAACUAAAGAAUCUGCAGAGAAGGCUGUAUCUGAAGCAAACAAUAGGCUGACGGCACUUAUUCAAGGUCCUAUUAAAAACAUUGGCCUGGAGUUAGAAAAUAGCCCUGCCUACUUGCACUCCAGGGCUGUUACAGCAGGAUUUCAAGAAUUCAUUGAGGCAAGAACAUUUUGUUCCUUGAUGGAAAAGGGUGUCAUAAUAACUCAUGAUGAAGUGAAGAAGGAAUUGGAAUAUUCAAUGGAGAGCUCCGAAGAUGCUGAAAAUGAGAGAACCUUAGUAACAAUGCUACCAAUUGUUGAUUAUAUGCUGGGAUUAGCAGAUCUUACUGGUGAACUCAUGAGGAAAGCCAUUAACAGCAUUGCCAGUGGUGAUAGCGAGGAAUGCUUUCAAUCUUGUCAAAAUGUUAGAGAUCUGUAUACAGGCUUUAUAGGUUUAUUUGGAAUGGGUAAAGAGUUAGCCCGGAAAAUAAUAACAACACGAAGUAAUGUUUCUAAAGUGGAAUUGGCAGUGUAUGCCCUGAAAGUCCGUGGAGGUGAAGCCCCUGCUACUCUAUUACUUCAACCAGCAGCUCCAAACGAAUUGGAGGAACCACUAAACUACUCUGACGACGAAGGUUAUUUUUGA